AUGUCAAAGGCAAUCCUCUCAAUUCAGUCAAACGACUCAGCAAAGACCAAGGCCACAGUCAACCUAUUGCCUUGUCGGAUUCAUCACAAUGGUCCCGUCGGUAAUGCCAACACAUAUUGGAACCCUACCAAGUCAGAAGAUGGCAAGACAGUAGCAUACUUUCGCGGCAGGAAGCUCCACGGCACGACGGUCAAGUUACCAGAACAAUACCGAGGCGCAGUGAUGGAGAGGAGCGCAAAGGUCGAGACGCAGCAGCUUGAAGGAGAGGGCGAAGAGGCUGAGGGUGACCUGGUUGAGCUGGGUACCAUGGAAGCCAAGGCAGAGUUUGACGAGAUGGUUAUCUGGGGUCACGAAGCGAGUGCAGAGGGGGCGUCUGACCCGUACGUGAGGAGUAUAGAGGAAUGGCUUGAUGUGGCCGAGUCGAUACACUCUUACUCCUCGGACGAUACCAAAUCCAGUGUGUAG